CGAAAUGUGCUGCGUUCUCCUUCAUCACAAGUGCGAUUCAAAUUUGUAGGUUUAAAUAGAAAUUUUGAUCAUGGCAAGUACCCCACAAAAUGUGAAUGCAAUUUUAGAUGCUUAUGGGGUGUAUCCUUUGCACAAAGCUGCUGCUUUGGGCCAUAAAGAAAAUUUAAUUACUCUUUUGGAAAGUGGAUUAUCACCCAAUGCACCAAAUUAUGACUGCUUGACGCCAUUGCAUGAAGCUUGUAUCCAGAAUCAACCAGAAUGUGCUGAGAUUUUAAUUAACUAUGGAUCUAAGGUAAAUGCAACAAGUUUGGAUGGUGGCACUCCUCUGUGUGAUGCUUGCGCAGGAGGAAGUUUACUUUGUGCUCAACUGCUUGUGAAAAUGGGAGCGGAAAUCAACCCUCCUUUUGCUCUAAGUACUCCUUUACACGAAGCUUGCCUUAAAGGAAGUGUAGAAUGUGUUGAAUUUUUAAUAAAUGCUGGAGCCCGAUUAAAUGUAAAUGAUUGCAACUUUGGCACUCCCCUUCAUGCUGCAACUUUGAGGCACCGCACUGAUUGUGUAAGAAAGCUAUUACAAUCAGGGGCUUCAGUAAAUGCAACUAAAAUACAUGAAACUGCUCUCCAUGUUGCUGUUAGAGAACAGUUCCCAGAAAUUGUUGAAAUCCUAAUUGAAUAUGGUGCAAAUAUCUUCGCAAGUAAUAAUCAAAACAAGUUGCCCAUAGACUUGCUGGCAGAAGCGGAAGGCCAUAUCUAUGAUUUGCUAACUCACCAUUCAGCUGAACCUGCAUCAUUGAAGGAUGUUUGUCGUCGAAAGAUACGAUUGGUCUUAGGCAGUGAAAGACUGAAAUAUGUGAGAGAGUUGAAACUCCCUAAAAGCCUUACGUCAUACCUGUCACAUGAACUACAAGAGUGUGACCCUUAAGUUCCUGUUAGUUUCAUUGUCUGAUUCACAUGGAUGGGAUAUGAAAUUAAAA